CUGGGUGACGUGCGUCGACGCGAUCAUCGCGUCCGCACUCUGCUACCUCCUGCGGCGCUGCCGCACGGGCUAUUCGAAGAUGGACUCGACGAUUUCGGUGCUGAUGCUGUUCACGGUGAACACCGGCAUCCUCACUAUGCUAUGCUCGUUGACGGCGACGACAAUGUUGGCAGUGCUCCCGCAUGUGUUCGCGGCGAUAAGCAUCAAUUUUAUCGCCGCGCACCGUGAGUGCCCCUCCCACCGACAAAGCUCACGCAUGCAUCGACUGACAUUCAUCGUCGGCUGUCGCAGUCUACGUGAACUCGUUUAUGGCCAUGUACGAUUCCCGUGGGGUAUGGCUGAAUGGCAUCGCCUAUUCAGACAAUAUUGCGUUGUCAGGUUCAAUGCGCGCAAUGGCCUGAGGAGUAACUCGUUCGCAAAGAAACGCGCAAUAACUGGCGCUCGAGCAGAGGGCACACAUAUAUUGGUUUGACGGCGCAUCGACGCGUCUUGCUCUGGUGUCGAGAGUCUUGCACGAUAACCCCCAUAUAAUGGCGACAUUCUGUAGAAGGGCGUGCUCUCAAGGAGGAAUCACAUAAUGAGACCCGCGUGAG